AUGUUUGUGGUGGACCUCCUUAGAGAUGCAAUUACUUCACCAACUCGACGCCACAACGCUAUUACACCGGAGAAGAAAGUAAUCACAACCCUGAGGUAUUUGGCAACAGCGAAAAUGCAACAAUGCAGCAGUGAUGACUUGGGUCUGUCCCAAUCCUCCGUCAGCAGAGUCAUCACCCAAACACUGACAGCUUUGUCACAACCUAAUAUUGUGACACAAUUUGUUUCAUUCCCGCUGGAUGCCCGCACUUUACACACACAUAAAAGGGCAUUUAUGGACAUUGCAGGAUUCCCUGGCGUUGUGGGUGUAAUUGAUGGAACACAUGUGAGAAUAAUUGCGCCAUCAGAGGACGAGGCAGUCUUUGUUAACAGGAAGAAUUUCCACAGCAUCAAUGUGCAAAUAGUGUUCAAUGCGGCCUGUAAGAUUUUGGACAUUGUGGCUAAAUGGCCAGGCUCCACACAUGAUGCGAGAAUACUCUUUGAGAGUGGCAUCAGACAGCUUUUUGAGAGACGCUAUGUGCCAGCUAAUUGCCACUUGUUAGGGGACAGUGGCUACCCAUGCAAACCAUGGCUCCUUACACCUUACCUCAAGCCACGCCAUGGGCCCCAAUUAAACUAUAACAGGGCCCACAAGACAACAAGAGCGGUGGUGGAGCGUUGCGUAGGCCAGCUUAAGAGGCGCUUUCAUGUUCUCCACGGAGAGGUGCGGCUGAGGCCUGAAAAAGUCAGCAAAGUCAUCAUAGCCUGUGCAAUAUUGCACAAUAUUUGCAAGGUUAGACAAAUUGCAGAACCUCUGGAGGAUGGCGAUGAGGAUGAGGAUGAAGACAACGAUGAGGAUGGUGGGAUGCUGACGGAGCAGGUGCUUAAGAUGGGAAUGGUGUUUGAUCCGCCGGGCUAUCCUGAGAAGCAGCUGCAGAUGGUUCAGGCGGCAAUCUUGUCGGCAAACUUGAUGGGCCCGGUUCUUGUGAUGUCUCCAUGCUACAGAAAUACAUAG